UUCAAAAUAAAAAUGUUGUCCUUUUUUAAAAAUUUGUGGGAUUCUAUGGAUGCUGAGAAGCAAAAACGUUUACUUGCGGAAAAACUAGAAGAGGAGCAGAGACAUUUGGACACAGAAAUUGAAAAAGAAGAAAAUGAAAAAAUCAAAAAGGGUGAGAAUUUUAACAUGCAAAACGUGUUAAGAUCUAUUAACGCACCGCAAAAUGGUACUUUGUCUAGUAAUGAUGAGGAUAAAUGUUUUCAACGGCUUGGUGUUAUAACAACGUUAAAAAGCAACCAUGGUACAAUUGAUCAUGCAAUAUUUUUUGAUAUCGAAGCGGCUGGAGGAUUUGCGAGCGAACUUAAGGUCGGCUGUCAUGUAAAAUAUUUGGCAUAUCAACAAGUUCAUAGUGACCAUAUAAAAGUGGUGCAAAUCAAUGAAGUUUCCGAACUGUUUUGGGACGAAUCAAUGCCAAGCACAGAUAAGAUUGAGCAGCAAAUAGCUGAAUUACGCAAUGAAAAGCCGACGUUCUUCAAUACGCAUCAAAGAAAUAUUCUUGGACUUAUAAUGGAGCGUAAACCAAGUGCUAUUGUCGUGGAUACCGAACACAAACUGAUGAACAUUAAUUUAGACACAAUAGAAAUAGAUUUUAUACCACAAGCUGGUGAUCGUGUAUACAUCUGUUGCAACGUACAAAGUGAUGAGCAUUUCGUGAAUCGACAAGGUGAAAUACUGCAAGAGGUAAGUGUACAUCCCGCUCGUUUACUAAAACAAGAAAAAUGCGAAGUGCGACGUUUAAAUACCGACUGGGGAGUACUAAAUAAUGAUUGCUAUUUCACCUUUGACGUUGUGCCUAAUUCUUGUAAGCUAGAUGUCGGCGAUAUAGUUUUGGCAGAUCUCAUCGAAUGUGAACGUGAUCCAUACAUCUGGCGGUGUGUUAAAUUAUCCCUAUUGGAACGUAAAUCACCACAAGUAAUUACCUCCUCCAAAGCAGAAACUACAUCUAAAGGUGAAAUACCUUCAGCCUUGAACUCACGGAAAGAAAGCAAUCAUGCAAUCACUGUUUCUGAAGAUGCACGUUGCAUUUUUUCCUCAACCUUUCAGACCAAACGUAUCGAGAUUGUCAUUAAGAACAAUAUAGAACGAAAUAUGCGUGUACUUUCCAUCGAUUUUUUGGGACGCCGACGAGAUUCACAAGUGAAACUUAUAGACCCCGAGCACGAUAACACCGCGUUUGAGAUCCCAGCUAACAGUAGUCGCGCAUUAGUUUUCGAAGUAGAAUCGAAAUUUUAUGGAGAAUCGCGUGAAUUUUUUGUUAUUAAAUUUGAAAAAUUCCGCGUGAAGCGUUCCAUUUCAGUGGUAGUUUGUGAGACCGAGGUAGAAGCGGAGGCCGCACUGGCUCAACCUAAUCGUAGCACAAUAAAUGGACUGAACGGUGGUGUGCAAAAUCUACGACAGCGCUCUCGAUACUACGCCAAUCAAGUGUGGUCGAACAAAGGCGAAGUCAUACCAGGUGUAGGCUUGGCAACAAAGCGCCGUUUUCUAUCACUUAGAAUUGCCUAUUAUGAGGUGCCCGAACGGUUGCGUAAUGCAUAUUUGACAUCGACGAGCCGACAAGAAAUGAUAGACAGCGUGGAAAACAUGUUUCCUUGUUUAAAAGAAGAGCUGAACAUAAAGAAUUAUACAAUACGAUUCCAAACAUUAGUAUUUUUGGAAGAAAUCGAAUAUUUUGUAAAUUUUCGUAAUUAUGAUAGAGAGAGGGCCCAUUUCACACGCGACGGGGAGUUUUUAUCGCUUACUAUAGAAAACCUAUCGGAACGUCGACCGUCACUCGUUAUCGGUGACACGGUACGUGCUAUAAAUCCCUGGAGUAAUGAUAACGAUAAGCGUAGCUAUGAUGGCGUAAUUCAUAAAGUUCUCUUCAAUCGUAUAUUGUUGAAAUUUAACGAAGGGUUUCAGUCCAAAUAUAACGGUGAAGAUUUUCGUUUGGAAUUCUAUUAUUCCCGAUUUUCAUUUCGCAAACAACACUUUGCAGUUAACCGUAUAAUAAAGCAUUUGGGGGAGCCAUUUCUGUUUCCUUCACGUGUACACAUGCGUGAGGAGCCACAACUUCAAAUCGAAUUAGACAGUGACGAUAAUCUUAUGCUACAAGAUAAACACCAUCCAUGGUUUAAUCCGAUGUUGAAUCCAAUACAAAAGCGCGCCAUACGUAAUGUUUUGAGAGGUGAAGCGAAGAAUAUACCUUAUGUAAUAUUUGGACCACCGGGCACAGGCAAAACCAUGACACUUGUCGAAACCAUGUUACAGCUAAUUAAGCUCAUACCCAGUUCACGUUUACUUAUUGGCACUCCCUCGAAUGGAUCAGCAGAUUUGAUAGCAACGCGUCUAAUAGAAAGUAAACAACUACAACCGGGAGAUUUUGUCCGCUUAGUAUCGCAAAAUCAAAUUGAAAAAGAACUAGUGCCGGAACAUCUUAUGCCUUAUUGUGCUACCGUAGAUAUGGCUGCCGAUGGCACUUGUGACGAUUCGAUGAUUGUGACUGAAUCAGGCAUGAAAUUACGUUGUCAAAUGAAAUAUCUCGGCCGUCAUCGGCUAACUAUCAGUACUUGCACUACCCUUGGUAAUUUUCUGCAAAUGGGUUUCCCACCUGGACAUUUUACACAUGUGCUCAUCGAUGAGUCUGGUCAGUGUACUGAACCCGAAGUGAUCGUGCCCGUGUGUUUAGUGUCACAAACGCGCGGUCAAGUUAUAUUGGCCGGUGAUCCACAUCAGCUACCAGCUAUAGUGAUUAAUCGGUUUGCAACGGAUCGUGGCUUAUCAAUAUCACUACUCGAACGCAUACUAGGUCGUACGCCCUACUUACGCGACGUGAUGCGUUUCCCCGACACUUCCGGAUUCGAUCCACGCUUGGUCACCAAAUUACUCUAUAAUUACCGUUCCUUACCGUCCAUACUCAACGUAUAUAGCGAGUUGUUCUAUGAUUCCGAACUGCGACCAAUGGUCAAUGAAAAAAGUUCGCGUGAAGCUGAAAUGUUAAAGAAACUUGAUGUACUAUUGCCUCUCUCGGAGAAGCGACCUAAGACACACGGAAUUUUUUUUUAUGGCACUCGCAGUGAAAAUAAACAGGAAUCCGAUUCUCCAUCAUGGUUUAAUCCACUGGAAGCGAGAAAUGUGUUUUUGAUGGCCAUCAAAUUAUAUCGUCAAGGCAUUCAACCAGAAAAUAUUGGAAUAAUAACACCUUAUUUGAAGCAAGUGAAGCAUUUACGCACCCUUUUUAUCGAAGCUGACAUUGCUAUGCCGAAAAUCGGUUCCGUAGAAGAGUUCCAGGGCCAGGAACGUGACAUCAUCCUUAUAUCUACAGUGCGCUCCUCACUGAAAUUAAUCAGCAGUGAUUUGCGUCACGCUCUCGGUUUCGUACAAAGCGCCAAACGCAUGAAUGUAGCAAUUUCACGUGCACGCUACCUGAUGUUCAUAUUUGGCAACCCCCAUUUGCUUUAUUUAGAUCACUGUUGGCGUUCGUGUAUCAAAUAUUGUGUGGACAAUGAGGCCUAUUUGGGUUGUGAUCUGCCCGACGACUUUGAUAGUAUACCCGAACUUAAGAAGGAUGAAACGAUGCUGGAUCAGGAUGUUUCCAAGUAAAAAGUGAUACAAAAAUCUUAUAGAAUCUUUGCAAUUAAUUCGCAAUGAAGUACUUUUAAUAUAUAAUAUGAGUAAGCUGACUUAAAUGUCGUAUACCAAGGAGUUUGCUUUACGAAGCGAGAGAGUCCAUAUUCUCUCAAAUUCAUAGUCACAUCUAAUUCACUUUUUUUAAUUUUAACAUACUUAAGAUAUUUGUAAAUAUGAUAAAAAUCAUAUUAAUCUUUUUCUGCUUGUAAACUGCACCAAGCUCCAUCCUGAAAUCCUCGUAUUUUGAUUAUAAAUAUAGUUGUAAUUCAGCAGAGGCUAGUGUCUCAUAUAUAAUUGCUGAACGCGACUAAUUUCAAAUCUGGGAUCCCCCUAAAUAGAAACGAUCUAUACAGAUAUACAUGUAUUAAUAUCGGUGCUAAUGCUGCACUCAUUCAAAAAAGUAUGUUGGAUUGUCUAAAAUUGAAAUUGAGAAUUAAUCAAUUCAAUUGCACAACCGUCAAGCUUGCAAAACAUGUCUUAAUUCAUAGUUUUCACCGAAAAAUUUAUUUUUUACAUGAAUCCUUCUAUUUUUACUUAUGUAGUCAGUUGACAGACUAAACUGAGUAAAUCAGUAAUUCUACUGUUAUUGACCUUCAUUACUUUGAUUUAAAAGCAAUUUUUUUGGCAAAUUUUCCUAUCCUUUUUAAAAAGUAUAAACUUUUAAAUAUAGUAUAACUGUUUGUAGUUCUCUACAUAAUUCAUAAGGAAUGCUAUCCAUUGUUCCCAUUUGAGCAUAUCUUGUUAAUUAAUAAUUAAUUAGUAGAGUGAUUUUUCAUAAAUUUUUAGUUUAUGAGCAAUACUUCCUAUUUUCAAGUAUUCAUGCAAAUUUAAGCUCUCUUUCAUUGUGAUUGUUUAACUUGUGUACAUACAUACACAUAUACUAAUUUUGAAGUUCAGCUCUUAUAUGAUUUUAUUUGAAACUAUUUUUUUAUUAAAUGUGUGAUUCAGCAACACAGAAUUUGUUUGCUAGGCCGAAAACUGAAUCCAUAAUUUGAAUGAACAAUGUUACAAGCGGAUACCGCUCUAAUAUUGAAUUAUAUGUUAAAUUUUCGGAUCAAAGCUCCUUAAUUUAUAAUUUAAUGAUUCACAACUAAUCGUUGUGUUGAUGUAUGGUAAAGAGACUUUUGAGAAUGUAACGGCGACUCGAAAAUGGCACAAAACUUUUUUGUGAAAAUCGGCAUCGGUGACCAUUUCCUUUUGGACUCGUUCAACAAGCGCGUGACGCGAUUGAUGGAUUGAUGGCUUCAAUUCUUGCACCAGUUGGAUUUUAUAAGAACACAAAAGAAACUCCAAUUGUAAUACGCGAUGGCAAAUGUUCUUUCAAGGCAGCAAUAGCAUCUUCGGUGCGCACCAUAUGCUCUAGAGUAAACGUGGUGCGAAACCGAUUCAUGAUUGGUUCGUAUUAACGACUCUUCUGGACGAUUAUGUCGCCGAAUAUUGGAUAAAUGAUUUUCAAAAAAAUCUUUACUCCUUAAACGCUUUAUGAAUUUUUUACAUAGUAAUUAUUUCUACACUGCUUUGCUAUGAAAUAUUUUAUUAAGAAUUUACAUUGCUUAUUGAUGAAUGAUGCUGCAUUCGUAUAAACUAGAGUUAGCAAAUUAAUUUUAAGAUUAAUUAUUUAUCAAUAUUAAUCAACUUGAAAACCUGAGUCAAUACAUAAAAAUUAGUAUUUUCAUAACAAACGAACAAAUUCAAUUUAAACGCAACUACAGUUCAACUUUCAUAACUCGAAGUUCUCCACAACUAUAAUUUUCGAUUUGGCAAUAGAAGUCAAAUUUCGUACCACUUUCCUUCUAUAAAUCGAAAUUUUUUAAUCGGCACGUGAUUCUCUAAGACGCAUCUUUCGCGGAAAUCUCACUUUGUAAACAAUUGCUCUGGCCUUCCAAAAUUAUAUAAUGCAUUCCUUUGCAAUUUUAAAUUCCUAUUUAAAUACGCAUUUUACAACUGGCAAUCAAUACAAAGCACUAAACAGUUUAGAAUCCCUUUUCACUGAAACAACCCUUUCAGCCCAAAAAAUUACAGAAUACAUGUUUUAUACUUUACUUUAUGUGAAAGAAAUAAAUAACUUGUGUGUAAAUCUAUA